CCCGACAUCAGAAGUGGGAUCUGUGCCACACCCUGCAUUUUCUGAGGAUCAGUGGCGUUCAGUAGUGGAAAUGCAAAAUCGGAAUUUUGCUGAACUUGUAAAAAUCAUGCAAGUGACGCCGGCACGAAGUAAAUUGAUCAUCGCACUAAGUAACUGCAUGGAAGGAACUGCAUCUCAGUGGCUAACACAAAUUUCGUACCAGGGUAUGACUUGGCAAGAGUUCCAGGAAUUAUUUCUGCAGCGCUUUGAAACCGAAGAGACGCCGGCCGCUACGUUUUUAAAUUUACUCAACAGCCGCCCGACUGCCGACGAAUGUUAUGCGGUGUAUGCGAGUCGGCUGGUGACGACGCUGACUACAAAGUGGCGGAAUAUGGAAAUAGAAGAAAUUGCCGUUACAACUGUUCUUGCGCAUAUGGCAAACAUUGACAGUCGUUUGCAGCGCGUCCUCUUCACAUCCAAUGUGCGUACCAGAAGUAAGCUACAGGCGGAGUUAAAAGCGUUUACGUUCGACAAGAAGCGACAUGCUCGAGAUGACAACCUUGGACCUGACCAGAAGAACCGUAAGGCAUCGCCAGUUGUAUGCCACUUCUGUUCAAAGCCGGGACAUCGAAUUGCUGAAUGCCGAAGUAAAAUGCGACAAGAUAGACAGGCGCAACCGCAGCGUGAAAAAUCAAAUGUUACGUGCUAUCGGUGCGGCCAACCGGGACAUUUCUCCAACCAGUGCCCGAAAAACGGAAGUGCAGCCAAACAAGAUGUGACUCAACAGAAGACUGUUAACCAAUGUUGUGUGACUGAGCCAAAGGGAAGCUUGCAUCAACGAGGUGAGAUCUAUGCAAUUUGUUUCUAUUCCGGUGCAGAGUGCUCCCUUAUUAAAGACGACAUUAGCAGUAAGUUAUCUGGUAAACGUAUAAACAAUACUGUAAUGAUAAAAGGCAUUGGUGGUGGCAGUGUGUGCAGUACAUUGCAAAUCUUGACUAAAAGCUAG